UCCCCACAGAAGGACAUGGUGGCUGAAUGAAUUGUUGGUCUGAGCAAUGAAUUGUUGGUCGUUUGCUCAGCAGUACCAGGUGUUCCUGAAAGUGGGCAGGUCCCAUUCACUUACCCUAACAAUAGCAGCACUGCUGCCAAAAUUUGAAUUUUCAACUGCCGAGGUAGGAAGCUUUCAGCUAUGUAAUAUUAUGUGGUGAAAAGACUGUCAGGCAAACCUGACCAUAUUUGUAGUUAGAAGAGUUGUGGCUCAAGAGAUAAACAGGGAGCAACAAGUUUUAAAGGUCCCGUGAACAUGGAGGACAAGAUUCUCAACUUUAAUGUUGGGGUACUGGGUCAUGUUGAUAGCGGGAAGACGUCUUUAGCUAAAGCUUUGAGUACUGUUGCUAGUACAGCAUGCUUUGAUAAAAAUCCACAGUCAAGGGAAAGAGGCAUAACCAUAGAUCUUGGUUUUAGUUCCUUUGUUGUUGAUAUUCCUGAGCAUCUGAGUGCUUCAGGAUGCAGUAAACUUCAAUAUACUCUUGUGGAUUGCCCAGGUCAUGCAUCCUUAAUUAGGACAAUUAUUGGAGGAGCACAGAUCAUUGACGCAAUGAUGCUUGUUGUAGACAUAACUAAGGGAAUGCAGACUCAGACAGCAGAAUGUUUAGUAAUUGGGGAGAUUCUUUGUGACCAUCUUUUGGUUGUCCUUAAUAAAUUAGAUUUGAUUCCUCCUGAGAAACAAAAGGCAAACAUUGAAAAAAUGACAAAAAAAAUUCUUCUUACACUUCAGCAUACGAAGUUUUCAAAUGCAAAAGUUAUACCAGUUGCAGCAAAACCAGGCGGCCCAGAAUCUCCAAUAGUAGACCCUAUUGGAGUUGUAGACCUAAUUGAAGCUAUGAAAGCCUUCUCUUACAUCCCAAAAAGGAACAGUGAUGGACCUUUCUUGUAUGCUGUUGACCACUGCUUUAGUAUUAGGGGUCAAGGCACAAUUAUGACUGGAACAGUCCUUCAGGGAUCAGUUGCUGUUAAUGAUAAUGUUGAAAUACCAAGCCUUAAAGUUGUCAAGAAAGUGAAGUCGAUGCAGAUGUUCCGCCUGCCAGUUGAAAAAGCAUCUCAGGGUGACAGGGUAGGUGUGUGUGUAACUCAGUUUGAUCCCAAGCAGUUAGAGAGAGGAUUAGUUGGGGCACCAGGUCUCAUACAAACUGCUUUUGCAGUUGUUGCAAAAGUUAGUAAAAUAUCUUAUUAUAAACUUCCAAUUGAAUCCAAGGCAAAAUUUCAUGUUACUCUGGGGCAUGAAACUGUUAUGGCUAAAGUGACAUUUUUUGGUACUGAAGAGAACUUGGUUGAUAAUGAUAGAUUUAUUUAUGAUCAUACUUACAAACACCAGCAGGAACUGAUUGAUUUGAAAAAGGUAGACAGUAAUGAAAGUGAUUACAUACCAGUAUGUCAGUUUGCCCUUUUGGAGUUUGAAAGAGUUGCUCAGAUUCUUCCAAAUUCUAUAUUGAUAGGGUCAAAACUUGACAUGGAUGUUCACACCAAUAUGUGCCGUUUAGCAUUCCAGGGAAAAGUUGUAGAAGUCUAUACAGAGAAGAACUAUCAUGAAGUACAAUUAGAAAAAAUAAAAGUAUACAAAAACAAAAGUAAAGAAGGAGUUGUGGAAAGAUUGGUGAAUGACAGUGAAGUGAUUGUUAAAAAUCUUCUGAAAAAGGAUACCAAUGUCCAGUUAUUUAUGGGUUUAAAGGUAAAAUUGUCCACAGGUGAAGAUGGAAUUAUUGAUGGCACAUUUGGCUUGAGUGGAAAGUUAAAAGUACGUGUUCCCAGUGGUUUACUUGACACUACAAAAGCAUUACUACAGAAAGCCCCAGGAAAAAGAAAAGGAAAGGCAGCACAAGACAGUCAGCCCAGUGAUUCUGAAAAUGUAGUGCUUAUAAAGGUUACGCUUAACUUCAAAAAAUUUGUGUUUAGUAACGAUAAAAAGUUUAUACAGACGUGAUGUUUAGCUUUAGUUUUCACAGAUGAUUUUGGACUUUAGUAUGAGAAAUUAAGAACUGUUAUAAUUAUGUUCACUUAUAUUUUAUUAUUGCUGUUGUUAAAUGUCAAAUUAUUUCCUUGUUGCAUAGUCCUAAAGUUGACGGUAACAGUGCAGUUUGGUACAUUAAAUAACACUCACUUUAUAUAUUUUUUAGUAACAGUGAAACCUUCUACUGCAGGUUGUUGAACCCUUAUACAAUAUAUCCACAGCUGUUUAA